AGACUUUAUAUGCGCCUGAGUUAGCUGAUCCUUCUAAGGAGAAACUUUCAUUCCUUUAUAUUCAAUGUUGCUAGCUAAUUUAGCUAACGUCCUUCUUCUCUCUCUCUCUCUCUCUCUCUCUCUCUCUCUCUCUGGGAGACGAGUACUGGAAAUGAAAUGAGUAGUUGUGAUACUGCUGUUUUCAUUAAAUGUAAUGUUAAAGGAUGUUUUCAUAAUUCAUGGAAGAAGAAUCAGAAGCGAGCGUAAAUCGCGUUUCUUCUCGUCCUGUACAAUAGCAGCACAAUGUUGCGCUAGGAAGCGACAUUAGCAAAACUGCCUAACUUGCUAACCCAUUUAUUUAUUUAUUAGCGUUUUGUAACUGCAUGCAAAAUGUUUAAACGCUAUCCAGCACUAGAUAUAGUUUAAAUAGGGCAUACUGAGUAUUUCUAUCACUAAUAUACUAUGCAGGUUUUACCCAGUUACUUUUACUGAUGCAUGAAAUGAUUAUUCGGCUUUGGGACACACACACACACACACACACAUUAACUUUACCAGAAAUUACAGGAUUUGUUACAGGGUUUUACUUCUUGAGGUUUUUACGAUGAUUUAGUAGCUAACAGAAGUGCAGGACCACCAGCUACAUCAACCGCCAUUAUACUGCUACUAUGUUACAGGAACCUCCGAAUAUGUCCGUAAUUUAAAAUGUACAUUUAAAGUUACUCUGAAUGUUUGCUAUUGCUGAUUUCAUCUGUGCAGUGUAUCAUUUGAUAAUGUUUUAUAGAUUGUAGGAUGUUUUACAGAGACGCACAGAAACCACACAGAUAAGUAUAUUUAAUAUUGUGGCAAGUGUGUGAUAACUCUUUUUAGGAUGGAACUAUACUUGAAAUGACUCAAUUGGGAAUGUAAUUAAACUACAGUUUUCAAACCCAGUCCCUGUUGUGAAACUCAUACCUUUCUCAUUCCCUUUGGAUAACUAUUAUGUGAUAUAAGGUCCAAUUUUUUGUUUGUUUGUUUUUAAGUUCCAUCGAUAUUUGAAAUCACACCAAGUUGUUUUGGCUGUGUCAGAAGUUUAAUGCAUCAUUGUUGUUGCAUGUCACAUUGACUGUCUUCUCCUUAUAAAAUUUGUUUUAGGACAGUUUGAGAACACUUCACCCAAAUGUUCAUGUGAUUGUAAAAAUACAGUGUGAGUUUGGCAAACGGAUCAGGCCAGUUUUACAGUCGCUGUGACCAGUCUGUUGUGGUGAUGCAGGAGCUCAGUUUGAUUAAGAAUGUCCUGUUUAUAGGUCAGUCUACAUCCAUAUCUUCACCUACAGUCACUGGCUAUGGUUCGUAAAAAAGAAAGAUAGAAGAAGGAACAAGAAGUACAAGCUGCAGAACUUUGGUUCCUCUGUGGAGUUGCUGGGCUUAUAUUGCGGGAUAGUGUGGGAAUCUUGACAAUCCGGGCGGGCCUUGUAGUAGAGCCGCUAAUCCAACUGGAGAGGAGUAAGUUCAGGCACCUUACAAGGAUGCCCCUGGACAGCUCCCACUAGAGCUGCAUUAGACAUGUCCCACUGGAUGGAGACCCUGAGGUUGACCCAGGAAAUGCUGGAGAGAUAGCAUCACAAUUGGCUUGGGACCAUCUGGGGAUCCCUCAGGAGGAGCUGAAAUAUUUGGCCAUAGAUAAGAGAGGUUGUGAUGAACUUCUCAGCCUGCUGCCACUACAAACCCACCAGGGAUACCAGAUGGAAAAUGAGUGAAUGGGUGAAUGAAUGGGGGGGGAAAGGAAAUAUAAAAAAAAAUGAUUGAACCCUUGCUUUGUUCCGUGUAAACAACUUGACAGUCUAUCCUCAUUAAAAGAGGAGCAAAAAUCGACCCCCCCCCGUUUAAGUACUUUUACAGGUGCAUAACAUCCUUCCAUGAUGAACAGCACCAAGAAUGGCACAGCGGUGGAGGGUUCGGGUGCCAGCGGGACAAUGGUGCUCGAGUCGGCCUCAAUCAUAGUUAUUGCUUUGCUCAUCUGCUUAGGAAAUCUGCUUGUUGUUGUGACGCUUUAUAAGAAGCCCUACCUGCUGACACCUAGCAACAAGUUUGUGUUCAGCCUGACCUUGUCCAACCUGCUUCUGUCAGUGCUCACUCUCCCUUUUGUGGUAGCCAGCUCUCUGCAGCGAGAAUGGAUGUUUGGGGUGGUGUGGUGCAACUUCACAGCCUUGCUUUAUCUGCUUGUUAGUGCCGCUAGCAUGCUCACGCUAGGAGCCAUUGCCAUUGACAGGUACUAUGCUGUAUUAUACCCUAUGAUCUACCCAAUGAAGAUCACAGGAAAUCGGGCCACAGUGGCCAUUGUUUACAUUUGGCUUCACUCUUUAGUGGGCUGCCUGCCGCCACUUUUUGGUUGGUCGGCGUUUGAGUUUGAUAACUUCAAGUGGACCUGCACAGCAGCCUGGCACAAGGAAGUUGGCUAUACAUCUUUCUGGGUCACUUGGUGCUGCUUGCUUCCCCUGGUGGCUAUGCUAGUGUGCUACAGUGUUAUUUUCCGUGUAGCUCGUAUCAAAGCACGUAAGGUGUAUUGUGGGACUGUGGUGGUUGCCCAGGAGGAGUCUGGCAUGCAAAAGAAUGGUCGCAAGAACUCCAACACCUCCACCUCUUCUAACAGCAGCCGCAAGAGCCUCAUAUACUCAGGCAACCAGUGCAAAGCUUUCAUCACCAUCCUGGUGGUGAUAGGGACAUUCUUGGCUACCUGGGGGCCCUAUGUGGUAGUGAUUGGAACUGAGGCAUUGUGGGGAAAAGGUAGUGUUUCUCCACAGGUGGAGACUCUAGCAUCCUGGCUGUCUUUUACCAGUGCAGCAUGCCACCCAUUAAUCUAUGGACUAUGGAACAAAACUGUGCGUAAGGAGCUGCUGGGUAUGUGCUUUGGGGACCGCUACUACCGAGAGUCAUUCGUCACACGUCACAGGACGUCACGACUCUUCAGCAUCUCAAACCGGAUCACUGAUCUGGGGAUGUCUCCACACCUGACAGCAAUGCUAGUUGGAGGAGGGCAACUCUUAAGGCCUGGUAGUAGCACUGGUGAUACUGGGUUCAGUUAUACUCAAGACUCAGCUACAGACAUCAUGCUACUGGAUAACUACUCAUCUGACACCUCGCAUUUCACACACUGCAAUGGCUUUAAAAGAAGAAGCUCCGUCACAUUUGAGGACCAAGUAGAACAACCUCGUAAAAGUGACUUCCCAACAGUCCAAGUUACUGCCGAUGUCCAUAAGUCCCUUGACAGCUUUGCAUACUGUCUGGCAAAGGUCAUAGAGAAUGAUGCCAAGCUGCAGCUGUUUGGGGAGAGCAUGCCAAUUCCUAGCAGUUUAUUGAUAGCACGCAACACACAGAGAGGACCACGGUAUCUAGAUGGACAGAGGCUUAGAAUGGAGAGCAUUGAUGAAGGAAUAGUCAAAGAUGAUGAAGAUGAAGAAAAUGUCCAUGAUGGAUUUGUCUGAUGGUAUAUACACUGCACUUUAAGUGUACACUGUGCACUAUGCUGCCUUGUUUGGUACAGAGUCUUCUUAAGGUACUCAACCAUCCAAAAUGUGGCUUAUUAUUUAUGUAAUUGAUAAAUAUAGGAACCAUGAGCUGGUUAAAAACUUGCAUAAAGGAGACUGAGACCUGUGUGGACAAAGUUAAAUGUACUGUAAUGGAGAUGCCCCUUUAUAGCAAAGGGGGGGAGAGGUUUGGUUGUAUUGUGUUAAGAUAACUAAGCUGUGUUUGUGCACAGGCGGCACAUAAAAUAGGUACAACUUAGACAGUUGUAAUCAGUACUUUGUCAAGGUGCCUUUUUUGUUGUUUGUUUUUUUUUUUUUUUUGCAAGGAAGCCAUAACCACUAUAUUGAGUACCUGUGAUGUCUGUGGGGAAUAAUUAGUGCUGUCAGCCUUAAAUAUUAUUCUGUUUUCCUUUGUAUAAUUUACUUUGUAUGAAGAUGGUGGGUUUUAAAACAAAGGAAUCUUGUAUUCCUGUUUUAUGCUGAGAAAGUUAUUCUGGUGGCAGUAUGCCAUGGUUUUUCUAAUGUAAAAAACUGUUAAUGUGGUGCAUUAUAAUCAGUAUUAUGAGCAGUUGUUUAUAUGCUAGUAUUCAUUCUCAAUCCAAGAGGCUUAUCCAACUCUAUGCCUCCUGUGACGUGAUGUCUUUGUUGAAACAGGCUGGGACUCAUUGCAUUUGGAACUUCUCCAGUAGUAUUGAGAUGCAAGAACAGCAAUGUUGUGUCUUUAUUAGUACAGUUGCACUUAAAUGAUAUGUGCUGUCUUGAGGUAAGGUUCCUUUUCUCCUGCUACUGUUAGAAUAAGGAAACUGUUCCACUGACCUGCAAAUCGUCCAAUUGAACAAAGAAUAGUUUACAAUUUAGUCUGAGAAUUCCUGUGGAAUGUUUUAUACCAAAAGUCAAUAUUAAUUGUGCUGUAUACUGUCAUGGUAAAAAAGCUAUAAAAAAUACCAUAAAACACAAACUACAGGGAUUUCUUGUAUUGGUUUAUUAUAAUCCCAAAGACUGAGUAUCUGUUUGUAUAUAUUCAGUCGUUUAAAAGCUACUAUUCCGUGUCCAUAAUGAUCACAGCACAAUAAUGAAUAAAUAUUAAUGUUUUCCUCUA